ACAUGUUGGUAAGAAAUCCGGAUGUGUUUGUGUUGAAAGUGUGAUGGGGAGUGACUGCCUGCUUCUCUGUGCUGACGCCUCGACUCAGCGACUUCAGCAGGGCUUAAAGAGACAACAGCGGAUCCGCUCUUAGCCGCUGUCAGGAUUGAAACCGAAAAUACAACGAUUUAAAGCCAUGAAUGCUGGAAUAUACACCCUGGCGCCAUCCAAACUCCAACCCUCAGAUAUCUAGCGGAGAAAGAGUUCAUCAUCGAUCCACUGUCGGACUUGAAGAAGUCCUGAAGGAUUUUUCCAGCCAAUGACUCGGAGGGAACCAUGCGGAGUCCAAACGGAUGUUCAGCGCCGACUGAUUGGAUACAGUAGCAGGAAUUGUGUGUGUGUAUAUCUAUAGAUGUGUGUGUGAGUGAAUGAAUGUGUGUGUGUGUGUGUGUGUGUGUGUGAGUGUGGUGUGUGUGUGUGUGUAUGUAUGAGUGAGCAUUGCUAGCACAUGCUGCCUGACUCAGGCAGCGAGGUGCUCCGAAGAAGUCCACCGGGCCGUGCAGGAUUAAUGUGACGCGGAUGCGGCGUUCUGGAUUUUAGCUGCGAUUUAGCCGUGUACACACGUCUAUCUCGGACCCCGCCCUCUGAGCUAAAACCCCUGGCCCUCGUUUUGACGCUCCUCUGCUUUGCAUGGCUGGCGAGUAAUCGUGGAGAGGCCAGGGUAUCACAAGCUUAUGGAUUUUGAUAAGAGAGGUGGGAGGGCAGACACCGACGAGGGAAGGAGGAUGUCCAAACCGGGCGGGGGGAGGCCUGGGCACAGUAGCCGGGGCACGGGCGGGAACUCUGGCGUCCUCAUGGUCGGACCCAACUUCCGCGUGGGAAAGAAGAUCGGCUGCGGGAACUUCGGAGAGCUGCGGCUCGGCAAGAACCUCUACACUAACGAAUACGUCGCAAUUAAACUGGAACCGAUUAAGUCCCGGGCACCGCAGCUUCACUUGGAGUACAGAUUUUAUAAACAGCUGGGAGCCUCAGAAGGGAUUCCUCAGGUGUUUUACUUCGGGCCAUGCGGGAAGUACAAUGCCAUGGUCCUGGAGCUUCUGGGCCCCAGUCUGGAGGAUCUGUUCGACCUCUGCGAUCGCACUUUCUCCCUGAAGACCGUUCUCAUGAUAGCCAUACAGCUGAUCACACGCAUGGAGUACGUCCACACCAGGAGCCUGAUCUAUCGAGACGUGAAGCCCGAGAACUUCCUGGUCGGGCGGCCGGGCAGCAAGAGGCAGCACACCAUCCACAUAAUCGACUUUGGGCUGGCCAAAGAGUACAUCGACCCAGAGACCAAAAAACACAUCCCGUACCGGGAACACAAGAGCCUCACGGGCACGGCUCGCUACAUGAGCAUCAACACACACCUGGGCAAAGAGCAAAGCAGGAGAGAUGACCUGGAAGCACUGGGACACAUGUUCAUGUACUUUUUGCGAGGCAGCCUGCCCUGGCAGGGGCUAAAGGCGGACACGCUGAAAGAGCGCUAUCAGAAGAUCGGAGACACGAAGCGAGCGACGGCAAUCGAAGUGCUCUGCGAGAGUUUCCCAGAAGAGCUGGCGACGUACCUGCGCUACGUCCGGAGGCUGGACUUCUUCGAGAAGCCUGAUUACGACUACCUGAGGAAGCUCUUCACUGACCUCUUCGACCGAAACGGAUACAUCUUUGAUUAUGAGUACGACUGGGUCGGCAAGCCUCUUCCCACACCCAUCGGCCCCAUCCCCAGUGACACGCCUCAACCAAGCAGCCGGGACAAAGCACAGCAGCAGACCAAAGCCCAGUCGGCCGACUCCAAAUGGAGCGAGUCCCAGCCCACUCCCGUCAAUAAGGAGACGCUGGGGUCGCAUCUCACAGCUGAGGGGCUGGGGGGCUCAGUUCAGAUCAUGAGCUCGACCAAUGGAGAGCUGAACACGGACGACCCGACUGCUGGACACUCUAACGCUCCGAUCACAGCCGCCACCGAGGUGGAGGUCGCAGACGACACAAAGUGCUGCUGUUUCUUCAAACGGAGAAAGAGGAAAACCCUCCAGAGACACAAGUGAGGAGCACUCACGGGAAGAGGACUUGAAUCGUUCGGAUCACUGUCGAGUUUAAAAAAAAAAAAAAGAGAUGGAAGCGAACACAUUGCGCACUCCUUCUUCUAUCUUCCCUUCUUUUUUUUUUUUCUCCUCCACUUUUUUGUUUUCUUUCUCUGCCCCGUGUUUAUCACUCGAAACCUUUUCGACAAAAGACAAAACAAAAAGGACUCCGCUGGAGGGGGCGAUGCCGAAAAGAACCGUAUCAAAGAGAAUAAAAAGGAAAAGAAAGAAUAAACGAAUGGCGACUAAAUGAGCACCGGGAUGUGAAAUUUAAAAACACGAUGCUGUCAUUAUGAUCUAAAUUCCAUGCAGGACAUUGUGGCGUUCGGUGGCCUGGUGAUCCGAGGACUCGACUUGGACGGAUGGAAUUGUUUGGGUUUUUCGUAGCUGUAGAUCUUUGUUUCAAAUCGGAGGGGUAAAAGCUGCAAAAGGAAGAAAGAUUUGGUUCAUCUCAAGCAAUUUUUUUUCUUGGUAUAAAUAUCUUUGGUCACGUGUUUUUUUUUUUUUUUUUUUUUUGUUUUUGGAGCUGAAUAAGCGGGUUGAAGUGAAACCUUCAUGUUUUAUGUCGUUGUGACCUGGGAUUUUUUUAAAAUUGCUUUUUCUUUGUGUGUUUUUUUUUGGUUCUAUUGAUGUGGACUGUGUAGCACAGUGACUGGUCUCAGGUACUGUGGAUCAUGAGGAGAUGAAUCAGCUGUAAGCUCUCUGCUUGUUAUUGCACUUUUCAGAGGCAAAGAGAGAAGAUGAAAUCGAAGAGACUGCCCCGAGGACGAAUCCCGAAAAGAAAAAAACCAAGAGGCGAGGGCUGGAAUUCGCCGAACGCCCUCCUCUUUUAUGUUUCACAUUAGAUUUAUUUACCAGGAAAUCAUAGUUUGUGCCUUUCCAAGUAAAAUGUUUAAAGUUAAA